AAAUUUAGAGAUAAAAUAUAAUAUUUGAAUAAACAAAACUCUGAGAGCGUACAACCAAGAGGAUAUACAUAAGAAUGUCUGAAAAUAAUUAUAUUCUCGAACAAGCAUACCCUAAUAAAACUCCGUCAAACAAGGUGGGUCAGGAAUCCAACGAGACCUUCACGUCAAGCAGCUCGUCGUCGAGGGGCAGGGCAAGAGAAAGAAAAUGAAAAGAAAAGAAAAAGAAAAAGAAAAAGUAAAAGAGCAAGUUGUAGGAUGCUUCCUCCAUUUACAAGGAAAAAAUAUCUCAAAAAACUCGCCCAUUUUUUUAACUCUUCACCUUCUUAUAAUCUGCUGAACACCCAAUAUAGAUAAUUUAAAGGAUAAGGGUACUUUCUGCAACUUCAAACUGAUUCUUUCAAUCUGAACCGGUAAAAUUGCAGAAGAAAGAGCUCAAAACCAUGGCCAGUGAUGGAAGUCUUAGGCUCGGAGACGUCAUCGAAAUGGAUGAGAAGCUGAUCCAGAAAGCUUGCUCUUCUGCCACCGAAUCUCAGAAGUCUCCAGAGAAGCCAUUUAUUCAAGAGAAAUUCCCUGUUUCUACAGUCAUUUUCAGCUUUCCAGCAGGAUCUUGGUCUGUGGACGAUUGGGUUGCUAAAAACCCAGUUGGAGAGACAGAAGUCAAAGCCGAGCUUUUUCGUUCUGUGAUCAGAAGUAUAGGCACCGAUGAAAUUGCCAAGGUUAAUAAAGCUUUUCUGCAGAGAUUUGAGAACAAGAUCUUGUGGAGUUCGGAUUUCCAACAAAAGGUGGAUGUGGCUGUGAAAGCGAAGAAGCAAAUAGUGUUUACAGGACACUCAGUGGGUGGUGCAAUGGCCAUCUUUGCAACACUUUGGUUCCUGGAAAAGUACUCCAAACCUAAAUCACCUCUUUGUCUGACGUUUGGAUGUCCUCUAAUUGGAGACCACAUAGUUUCCCAUGCUCUUAGGAGAGAGAACUGGGCUUCCUGUUUCAAACAUUUUGUCAUGAGAUAUGACAUUGUCCCUCGGAUCAUGCUUGCUCCCAUAUCAUCCAUUCAACAAAAAAUUUCACCAAUUCUGCAAUUCUUUUCUGCAAGAUCCAAAGUUUCUGCACAUCAACCCCCUCCCGCUUCCGACUUUUUUAAAACUGUAAUGGAAAAUGCAUCGGCCCUGGCAAGCCACACCGCCUGCAAUCUCAUGGCGAACACAAAUCUGCUAUCGGAAACUUUAACAAGCUUCAUCAAGUUCAGCCCUUACAGACCUUUUGGAACCUACAUCUUCUGCAGUGGGAAUGGAAAACUGGUGGUCUUGACCAACCCAGAUGCUGUUCUGCAACUACUGUUUUACUCCUCUCAAUUGAGCAGCGAAACAGAGGUGGAAUACAUUGCCAGCAAAAGUCUUCAGCAACAUUUCCUGUACUCAAAUGAAUCGCAAGAUUUGCAUAAGAAAAAUGUAUACGAUGUUAACUCGAACCAAUUGGAAACCAUCCCUUUGUCUGGAGAGGAAGUAGUCGGUAACAGUACAGCACUUAACUCAGCCUUGACUGACCUUGGCUUGAGUACCAGAGCUAGACUGUGUCUUCGUUCUGCCGGGGAGUUAGAGAAGCGAAAGCAGAAAAAUAAAGCUGAUAUUAUAGCGAAGAAGCGUGACAUGGAGGAAGCAAUGAAGGUGCUAGAAGACUACAGAGAGAAGAGUGCAAUUCGCAAAGUAGGCUGGUAUGAUGCCUUCAAGCUUCAAGAAGCAGAACCCGACUUCAUUGCUAAUGUGAAGAGACUCGAGCUAGCAGGUAUAUGGGAUCAAAUCAUGGAGAUGUUGAAAAUAUUUGAACUCCCAGAUGGAUUCGAGGGCGAAAAGGAAUGGGUAGAGCUCGGAACUAGUUACCGCCGCCUUGUCGAGCCUCUAGAUAUUGCUAACUUCUAUCGACACUUGAGGAAUGAAGUAUCGGGACCCUAUAUGAUAAGGGGCAGGCCAAAACGUUACAGAUACACACAAAAAUGGCGUGAGCAUAAUCUGAAGAUGGUUCCUGGAGCCAGCGGAGAAUCACAUUUCUGGGCAGAAGUAGAGGAGCUCUGCCGUAAAACUAGUAGCAGAGAAGAGUUUGAACGUGAAAGGGCUGGAGUUCUGCAGCUAGAAGAAGAUGUUUGGAAAUGGGCCAAGGAAAAAGAUUUGGGUGCGGAUGUGUUCUUGGAGAAAUCCACCCUGGUGAAGUGGUGGAAAGCGCUUCCUGAAGAGCAUAGGAGGAAAUCUCGCCUUUCAGAAUUCAUAAAAUGAUAAUGAAACGGAGAUUUUUGCUGUUCACCUCUGCUUCCAUAUGUUUGAAUAAGAAAUAUGCUAUGAGUGCUAUUUUUUUACCCCCUUUUUGGCGAGAGGAUGAGCGCUAUGAUGUGUACUAAAUAGAGUAUCUCUAUAACUUGAGCUAAACGAACUUUAAGACUUAAAGGCAGCUAUUCGGUUUUCUCAUUUUUGUAUGGACGUGAAAUCUGAAAAAUAAAUCGAAGAAAUUCUUAA